CAAGACAGGACAGGAUGGCCUGAGGUUUGUUGGUUAGCUGGCUCCUGCCUACUAUGCACAAGCCAGGAUUUGGCGGCAUGGCACGGCACGGCUAUUCUGCCUUCUGCACACUAUCCUGAACUGUCUCACUGCCUGCCUGUCAUGUCCUAGGAUACAGAGGCAUGCAUAGCCUUUUUACUGGUGCUGAAGAAUACAGGACCUAUGAGCCUUCCUACCCCCCCCCCGCCCCCGUUACCGGUGAAAGGCCGCAGCAUGCAUCAGCGAUGGGGACCACUGUUUGACCGGUGCUCAAGUGACGCAGCGCCCACCACAUCCACACGGAACACAUGCUUAUAAGUGCGUGUAUAGGUGCCCAAAUAUGGCGCUAAAGCUUCUCCCAGAAGACUUGAGCGAUGUGCCGCCGCACCUUGCAGACCGCUAUGAAGCCCAGGCGGGCAAGUACUGGGACAUGUUCUACAGGCGCAAUACCACAAAAUUCUUUAAGGACCGGCACUACCUGCACAAGGAGUUUCCGGACCUGGCUGCCGGGCCCGCCACUCUGCUGGAGGUGGGGUGCGGCGUAGGCAACACCGUGUUCCCCCUGCUGGAGAUCAACCCGGCGCUGCGCGUGCACUGCUGCGACUUCGCCACGUCAGCCAUAGAGCUGGUGCGAUCCAACCCGGCGUACGGCGUGUCGCGGCCCGAGGGCGGUGCCGUACACGGGUUCGUGGCGGACAUAACCCGCGACUACCUGGCAGCCCCCGCCGACCCGGCCCUGGGCCCGCUGGCGCAGCCGGGGCCGUACGGCGGGUGUGGCGUGCCGGAGGCGGGGUGUGAUCUGGCCACCAUGAUCUUCGUACUGUCCGCCAUCCACCCACAGCGCAUGGCGGCGGCGGUUCACAACGUGGCUCGCUGCCUGCGGCCCGGCAGCGGCCGACUGCUGUUUCGGGACUACGCCGAGGGAGACCUGGCACAGGAGCGGCUUGCGGGCGGCGACCGGCCCAAGCGCCUGGCCCACAACUUCUACGUGCGCGGCGACGGCACCCGCUGCUACUACUUCGCGCAGGAGGAGGUGGUGGGCCUGUUCGCCUCGGCCGGCUUCUCCUGCGACGCCGUGACGCUGCACGAACGCACCGUGGUCAACCACAAGCGCGACAUCGCAAUGGACCGCCGCUGGCUGCAGAUCAUCUUCACGCUCCGGGAGUAUGUGCCGCCGCCGCUGCCGCUGCGGCAGCUGCUCGACCUGCCGCCGCCCCUGCACGCCGCCACCGCCGCCGCCGCCGCCACCGCCGCCGCCGCCGCCGCCGCCGCGUCUGCCCACACGGCGCAUGGCGCCAACGUCAACGGCGCCCACGACCGCGCCAGCAGCAGUGGCAGCGGCGGCAGUGGAGGCGGCGGCGGCGGCGCCAUGGAUGUGGAUGCCGGGGAUGGGCAUGCGGCUGUAGCAGGCGGCGCCGCCGCUGCCGCCACGGAGGCUGUAGCAGGGGCUGUAGCGGCAGCGGACCCAGUGCUGCCUGGCGGACUUACGCCGGGGAGCUGGCUGACGGGGGCGGCGGGGCGGCUGGCGUCACACCUGGCGGCGGGGCCGGGCCUGCCCAGCGGUCGCGCGCUGCUGCCCGACUCGCUGGACGCCGCCGACGACCUCUGCGCCGAGCUGUCACCCUCGCGACACGGCGGCGGCGGCAGUAGCAGCGCCGGCGGGGAUGGCGGCUGUAGCAGCAGCGGCCACGGCCACGGCUACAGCUACAGCCACGGGGGUCACCAACCGCACCCACACCAGCGCAGCCCGCUCAGUGGCGGACUGGGGGCGGGGUUGAGCCCGGCGGCGGCGGCGGCGGCGGCGGGGUGCACUGGCGGCAGCGGCGGCGGCGGCGGCAGCAAUGGUCAGCAGGUGGCGGCGGCGCGGUCCGCUGCUGCAGGGAGAGGGGCGGCAGCGGCGGCGGGGUUUGCGGGUGCUGCUACUGCUGGCGGCGGCGGCGGUGGCGGCGGCGGUGGCGGCGGCGGCGGCGCGGAGGAGGGGGAUGCUAUGCAAGUGGAUGGCGGAGCGGGGCGGUCGCUCGAGCGCGAGCUCGAGGCCGAAUUCUUCGCCACCAUCGGCCGCAACAGCGCAGAGGUGGCGGCUGAGGAGGUGGCGGCGGCGGGCGCGGCGCUGUCGCGGGUGCGGCUGGUUGACGUGGCAGACGUGGCGGCGGCGCGGCUGGCGGCGGCGGCGGCGGCGGGAGCGGCAGCGGCAGCCGGCGGCGGGGCUACUGCCAGCGGCCUGCAGCAGCAGCAGCAGCAGCAGCAGCAGGGGCAGGGGCACGUGGCGGCGGCUGUAGCCGUUCCGGUGGAGGCGGAGGUGGAGGUGGCGGCGGGUGUGGGCUUCCGAUGCCUGCUGCGGCCCGACCUGGCUACAGGCGCACUGGCAGCCCCGCCCGCCGAGCUGGCCCUGGCGCGCCUGCUCGCCUCCUCACCCCGCCUGCUCAGCGGCCGCUGUGCGCUACAGCUGGGCCCCGCCGCCGCGGCAGUAGCAGCAGCAUCAGUGGCAGCAGCAUCCUCUCUGGCGGCAGGCGGCGUGCCCAGCGGCCUCGGACAGACCGGCUUCGGCAGUAGCAUGUCCGCGGCUACAGCCGCCGCUGCCGCGCCGCCGCCGGCCUGCUGCGGCUCUCUGCCGGCAAUGGCGGCGGUGCGUGGCGGCGGCUGUCGACGGGUGGUGGUGACGGACCCAUGCCGGGAGGGGCUGGCGGCUUCGGCGGCGGACCUGCGGCGUAACGCCCACCGACUGGUCAUCGAGCGGUUGCGGUUGGCGGCGCUGGACUGGGCGGCGCUGGGCAGCAGCAGUACGGCGGGCGUGGCGGGUACGGCAGCCACCGGCGCCGCCGGUUACACUUUUGUGACGGGCGCGGUACGGCAGCUGCGUGACGUGAUGCAGCUGCAGCCGCAGGGGUACGACGUGGUGUAUGCGGCGGACCCGCUGGCGGCUGUAGCACAAGCGGCCGCCGGCAGUAGCAGCAGCAGCAGCGCUGACGCGGGGGCGGAUGUGGCUGUAGCUGCGGCGCGCGGCCUGUUUGAGGCGGCGGCGCAGUUGCUGCAAGGCAGUGGCAGUAGCAGCAGCAGCAGUCAUGGCGGCAGUAGCAGUGCUGGCGCUGGGCGGCUGUUCCUGGUGGUGGUGCCGGGCGGUUGGGCGGCGGCGCACGGCAUGGGGUUUGCGGCGCUGGCGGCGGUGUGUGGCUGGGAGUUGCUGACGCCGGAGCAGCUGGCGGAGGGUUGGGGGCUAGACACGUCAGUGGCGAUGGCGACGUGUGGUUGUGCGGCCAUGGGCUUCCGGCGCCAGCAGGGAUGACUCAUCCGGGGGGCAUGCAAAUGGUAGUGGGGGUGGCGGUGGGCGUUACAUUCAUGGGUCAUGACUAGUCAAGGGGUGGGGGAAAUGGGUGGAAGUGAGUUGAUGCCGGUAAAUGCUCCAGAGAUGGUGGGGGCAGAAGGGCACGGGUGGCACGAGCGUUGCGGCAGUGACUGGAGGAUGGAAGCUCUGAUGGUGCGCGCUGCCUUGCACGUUGCGAGGGCGUGACUGGUAUGAUGCAUGCUUGCGAGACAGGCAUGCAGACCUGUACAGCUAAUGCCGUGUACAAGCGUGGCGUGACCUGGCACGGUUGGUCCGCUUGGUCGGCUAGUGUCACCUCACACGCGGCGGGAGUGUUUGCUUGCUAGCGCCUGGUGCGUGGCCCGUGGCACCAUGCUGGUGGGGACUGGGGAGCGCAUGUGUGUCAACUGACGGAUGCCAGCAGCGGUGCGCUGCCUAGUGUCCCCUGGUGGCCUUGCAACGCGCUUGCCGGCCUUGCGUAAUCCAUGCAUCGUUUUUGCGUGGGCAUGGGCGUGUCCCGUCAGCCUUGGCAGCCCCCCGCCAGCCGUGGGCCCCGUGUUGGUAAAACGUCAUGUUCGCUUGUUUGCUGUGUUGCGUUUUUUCAAGCGCGUCGAUAACAGA